CGGGCUGCUGCUGAGCAGCUGACCUGAGGCUGACCGGGGCGCGGGAUGCGGUCACGUUAUCGCGUCGUCGGUGAAGUGGAAGAUCGAAACAACAAACGACGACCAGGGAAUGGUUUGCAGAGCUGGCACCGGAUUUGGCAAGCGCUCUAAGCUUCGGGAGUUUUCGAGCUCUGCCCGCGCCGUUCUUGGAGACACUGCGUUCGAUUCAUUGAUUGAUUGAUUGCUCGUCCAUUAUCCGUCGAGUUCGGCUGGAACGCAAUUCGCACAUUGUCGCUCCACGCAAGUGAGCGAAGUUCGUCAUGGCCGCCAUGGCUGCCGUCGGCUCUCUGGGAUCUCUGUGCUGUUCCGGCACUUCGCUCGCGGUUUCAGCUGCUGCGCGUAAAGAAUACAGGGGCCUCAGCAGUGCCUCGAGUUUUUCUCUGGGACUUCCUCCCUUAGUCCGGGCGCUUCAUAGUCGGAGCAAUUCUCGAACAGGCAAGUCCAUCAUCAGGGCAGCCGAUGCAGAUACAGGCAAGACGAAAACCACAGAUACUCCGGACACCGCUCCUUCUGGGUCUGCCAUUAAUCAGAUUCUGGGAAUUAAGGGUGCUUCCGCCGAGACGAACAUAUGGAAAAUUCGGCUUCAGCUUACAAAGCCAGUGACUUGGGCUCCUCUCAUCUGGGGUGUCGCCUGUGGAGCAGCUGCCUCAGGAAAUUUUGAGUGGGGUCUGGAAGACGUUUCAAAGGCGGCUUUGUGCAUGUUUAUGUCAGGACCACUGCUCACUGGAUAUACACAGACAAUCAAUGAUUGGUAUGACCGUGAAAUUGAUGCCAUCAAUGAGCCCUACCGACCUAUUCCAUCUGGAGCCAUCUCAGAACCUGAAGUUAUUGCACAAAUAUGGAUUCUGCUUCUAGGUGGAAUUGGAGCUGCUUAUGCGCUGGACGUUUGGGCCGGACAUGACUUCCCUACAAUUUUCUGCCUUGCUGUUGGAGGAUCAUUUCUAUCCUACAUUUACUCAGCUCCACCAUUGAAGUUGAAGCAAAGUGGAUGGAUUGGAAACUACGCACUUGGUUCCAGCUACAUAUCUCUUCCAUGGUGGUCCGGGCAGGCACUUUUUGGAACUCUUACUCCCGACGUAAUUGUUCUCACUCUCUUGUACAGCACUGCAGGGCUGGGAAUUGCCAUCAUCAAUGACUUCAAGAGCAUUGAGGGAGACCGAGCUAUGGGUCUGCAGUCCCUACCUGUUGCAUUCGGAGUAGAUACUGCAAAGUGGAUCUGUGCCGGAACGAUCGACAUUACUCAGCUCGGUGUUGCUGGAUAUCUUCUAUCGCAGGGAAAGACUGUCUAUGGGUUGAUCCUACUCGCUUUGAUUGCUCCUCAGAUUCUUUUCCAGUUUCAAUAUUUCCUUGACGACCCUAUUAAAAACGAUGUAAAAUAUCAGGCUAGUGCACAACCUUUCUUUGUGUUCGGACUUCUGUGCACAGCCUUGGCAGUCAGCCACUGAUCAAGCUUGUGAAGUAAGAAUGAUAAUAGCGGCACUUGAAUUGUCAUUCUCCACGGUCUUCUGGAGAGCUGCCCCUGCUGCUUCUAGAAAUUUUGACCCUAAUCUGGAAGAAGUGCCCGGCCAGAUGUAUGAUAUUAUGUCUCUAUCAUGUACACUUCUUCAAGAACCAUAUUCCUCGGAGUAUUGGUAGAGCAUGCUUUGUCUUGGUCGUCAAUUGAGUAGAUGAGGGUGCAAGCUGGGACUAGCAUCCAAACUGUUAGAACAAGCUCGAUUUAUAAGAAGGCGCUCACAUCUUGAGAUGUAAGUAUUUUAUAAUGUGAACAGGAGAUAGGACAUGUUAGACUGUUAGUAAACUGAUAAUUUUGACCAAAUCAAUGCCAGAUUAGUUCGGGAUUGAAUCCCUAUGAAAAAGUGUCAGGAUAUUUAUUGCGUGGUGAUGCUUUGAAGUAAAUGGUCUAAACAAAUACAUGAGCAUAUGACUUUU